CGAACAGCUGAUCUCCGGUCCUCGCGAUACGCCAUCACUCGAGCGUUGCGGGAGCACAUGUUCGUCGCGCGAUAAGUCCACGCCAGCAGUUUUUUCCCUCUCGGCUUCUCGUCCUUUUCAUCCCGAGUCGCUUUCGUCGCGAAUCCGAGCGACGCGACUCGCUUGGCAACCAGAUCGGCGAAAGGCAACGCGCGCGCGACCCAGGUCUCCCGGUUGCUCGUAGAUGUGCGAUGAGCAGCGGCCGGCGAUAACCGGCGUUACCGAUCCUCCCCGUCGCCGCUGUUGCUGAGGAACAUGGCCGAUCGCGAUAGCGCGUCCGAGAGCGACUCGAGCUCGAUUGACGGCGGACCGAUCAUGAUGCCGCCCUCGCCGGUGACGCGCGAGCAGCUGCAGAAGCGCAUCGAGUCCCUGCAGCAGCACAACCGCGUGCUCAAGGUCGAGCUGGAGACGUACAAGCUGCGAGUGAAGGCUCUGCAGGAGGAGAAUCGCGGCCUGCGCCAGGCAUCUGUCAUCAUACAAGCGAAAGCCGAACAGGAAGAGGAAUUCAUAAGCAACACGCUGUUGAAGAAGAUUCAAGCCCUGAAGAAGGAGAAGGAGACUCUGGCUCAUCAUUACGAGCAGGAGGAGGAGUGUCUUACUAAUGAUCUAUCGAGGAAGUUGAAUCAACUGAGGCAGGAGAAAUGCAGGCUGGAACAGACGUUGGAGCAGGAGCAGGAGUGCUUGGUGAAUAAGCUGAUGAGAAAGAUUGAGAAACUGGAGGCGGAGACGUUGGCCAAGCAGAGCAAUCUAGAGCAGCUGCGGCGUGAGAAGGUCGAGUUGGAGAACACGCUGGAGCAGGAACAGGAAGCUUUGGUCAACAAGCUAUGGAAGCGAAUGGACAAGCUCGAGGCGGAGAAGCGGAUGCUGCAGAUCAAGUUGGACCAGCCGGUCUCGGAUCCCACUUCGCCCAGGGAGAUCAACAACGGCGACACAGCCACAAAUCUGAGCACGCAUAUUCAAACCCUGAGAAGCGAAGUCGCUCGAUUAAAACACACUCUACUUAUCUCGCAGCAAGAACAUACGGAAAAAAUGAAGCGGUACGUUAACGAGGAGAAGCAAAUACGCGAGGAAAAUCUGAGACUUCAGAGGAAGCUGCAGCUCGAGGUGGAACGUCGUGAGGCUUUGUGCAGACAUCUCUCAGAGUCUGAGUCCAGUUUGGAGAUGGAAGAAGAACGGCACUACAAUGAAAUCGUGAUGUCUGGAGGGAACAUAAGGACACGCACUCUGUCCAGUCCUGUGCCCUACAAUCCUUCGCCUAGUUCCUCAAGGCCACUAAGCCCAGGUAUUAACGUGCUAGGUUCAACGUCCAGAGAGGGCUUCAACGCAAACCGGUGCUACGCCUGCGGCCAACCGACUGCCUCUCCCUUUGCGAGCUCGUCACCUCCUUCAGGGGGACAUAUCGUGGCGCCGUCCAGCAGACGCACAUCGGAUCGUUUUGUCAAACCGGCAAUACCGCCCACCAUCGUGAGCCCUGGUGGACCGCCGACCAUCGCUCCCAAUCCUACGGCAAAUGUCGCCGUUCCUCAUCCAGGAUCACCGAUGGACAUCGCGAAGACAUAAGUCGUCUACUCGAAGAGAAAAGGGCUCUUUACGGAAACUCUUUUUACAUAAUUACGCGCGCAAGGUACUUCUCUAAACGGUUUGCAUCCCAGUUAAAGAGGAUACGCAGUUUGAUCGAGACACCACCAUCGGCGCUUUUUCUCUUCGAACAUCUCCGUUCGUAAACUACUACUUCAGCUCUAAUAUAACACACGGGCUACCGCUAAGACACGGGACUUAAAAUAAUUUCGAUCUGAAUGGCAGUUAUAGAGUUUAAAUGAUGCAAUUGCGAAGCCUCUCGGUCGCGGGGCGCUUCUCCUCGACGAUUCCUUUUAAUGCCUGAAGUACCAUUCAGACCGAGCUAUUUAUCGUACUACGCAAUUAAUAUCGUUUGAGUGUUAUACAUAAGAAAAAAAAGAAACAUUGACAUGUUGCUUCCAUGUUCCAAGUAAUCAUAAUAUAAAUGUUGAGCGCGAACGCCGGAUGGACACCUACACGGCAUAAUUGCGAUAUUAUUAUUGUAUCUCACUGUGCGUUUAAGAACAUAAACGAAAGUAAAACUA